CGGGCCAGGCCGCUCGGAACCGUGGCGGCGGCAGAGGCGGGGAUCCCGCGGCUGCGGCGACGGUGGCCGCGGUGGAGCCACGGGGCGGGCUCGGUUUGGUGUGACGGCGACUGCGGCGGCGGUGGCGGCCGCGACCAGGUCGGCGUCCUCGGCUGGCCGAGCAUGGUGGCAGCCUGCACCCUUGGCUCCCUCGUCUGGUGCAGCCAGCAGAGCCGCCACCCUUGGGCGCCCAUGGCCCUCCAUGUGAGGGCGUGAGCGGCCUGCCCCAGCCUCACCUGCUGAUGGAGGACUCAGUGGCCCAGUGACCUGACACCACGCCACUAACCCCCUCCCACCAGUUGACGAAUGGUGGACCCAGCGACGAGUGGCCCUUGUAAGGGUCAUGGAAUAAUUUGAAGCGAGGCAUGAGCGGCCCCCGUGGUCGCCUGUGACUGCUGGAGAUAGAGGUCCCAGCACCCCAAGCCAACCCAGCGGACCCUCCCAACCCUGCUCCAGCCAAUGGGGCCAGUGGGACUCCUAGCAGCCACCUAACCAUCCAGAGCCCACCCCACCCACGCGGCCAUGGCGGGUCCUGAGGGUUUCCAGUACCGCGCUCUGUACCCGUUCCGCCGGGAGCGGCCAGAGGACCUGGAGCUGCUGCCUGGCGACGUGCUGGUAGUGAGCCGGGCGGCCUUGCAGGCACUGGGUGUGGCCGAGGGUGGCGAGCGCUGCCCACAGAGCGUGGGCUGGAUGCCCGGCCUCAACGAGCGCACACGGCAGCGAGGUGACUUCCCUGGCACCUACGUCGAGUUCCUGGGGCCUGUAGCCCUGGCCCGGCCCGGCCCUCGCCCACGGGGCCCCCGCCCACUGCCCGCCAGGCCCCGUGAUGGGGCCCCUGAGCCAGGCCUCACACUCCCCGACUUGCCUGAGCAGUUCUCCCCACCCGAUGUGGCGCCCCCUCUUCUGGUGAAGCUUGUGGAGGCCAUUGAAAGGACAGGGCUGGACAGCGAAUCUCACUACCGGCCGGAGCUGCCCACACCGCGUACAGACUGGACCCUGAGCGACGUGGACCAGUGGGACGUGACAGCCUUGGCUGACGGCAUUAAGAGCUUCCUUCUGGCACUGCCCGCACCGCUCGUGACCCCCGAGGCCUCGGCUGAGGCGCGCAGAGCCCUCCGGGAGGCCGCGGGGCCCGUGGGGCCGGCGCUGGAGCCACCGACGCUGCCGCUGCACCGCGCGCUCACGCUGCGCUUCCUGCUCCAGCACCUGGGCCGCGUGGCCCGCCGCGCCCCGGCCCUGGGUCCCGCGGUCCGGGCCCUGGGCGCCACCUUUGGGCCGCUGCUGCUGCGCGCGCCGCCGCCGUCCUCGCCGCCGCCAGGGGGCGCUCCCGACGGGAGUGAGCCCAGUCCUGACUUCCCGGCGCUGCUGGUGGAGAAGCUGCUUCAGGAACACUUGGAAGAACAGGAGGUUGCGCCCCCAGCGCUGCCGCCUAAACCCCCCAAGGCAAAGCUGGCCCCUGCAGGCCUGGCGAAUGGAGGGAGCCCACCCUCCCUGCAGGAUGCCGAGUGGUACUGGGGGGACAUUUCAAGGGAGGAGGUGAACGAGAAACUCCGGGACACUCCUGAUGGCACCUUCCUAGUCCGAGAUGCUUCCAGCAAGAUCCAGGGCGAGUACACGCUGACCCUCAGGAAAGGCGGAAACAAUAAACUGAUCAAGGUCUUCCACCGAGAUGGGCACUACGGCUUCUCAGAGCCACUCACCUUCUGCUCCGUCGUGGACCUCAUCAAUCACUACCGCCACGAGUCGCUGGCCCAGUACAACGCCAAGCUGGACACACGGCUCCUCUACCCUGUGUCCAAAUACCAGCAGGACCAGAUCGUCAAGGAGGACAGCGUGGAGGCGGUGGGCGCCCAGCUCAAGGUCUAUCACCAGCAGUACCAGGACAAGAGCCGCGAGUAUGACCAGCUCUAUGAAGAGUACACACGGACCUCCCAGGAGCUGCAGAUGAAGCGUACCGCGAUUGAGGCCUUCAAUGAGACUAUCAAGAUCUUUGAAGAGCAGGGCCAGACUCAAGAGAAGUGCAGCAAGGAAUACCUGGAGCGCUUCCGGCGUGAGGGCAACGAGAAAGAGAUGCAGAGGAUCCUGCUUAACUCUGAGCGGCUCAAGUCCCGCAUUGCUGAGAUCCACGAGAGCCGCACGAAGCUGGAGCAGCAGCUGCGGGCCCAGGCCUCGGACAACCGGGAGAUCGACAAGCGCAUGAACAGCCUCAAGCCAGACCUCAUGCAGCUGCGUAAGAUCCGAGACCAGUACCUCGUGUGGCUCACCCAGAAGGGCGCCCGGCAGAAGAAAAUCAACGAGUGGCUGGGGAUCAAAAAUGAGACUGAGGAGGAGGAAGAAUUGUCCAGGCAGCUGGGGAGCCUCGGAAGUUGGCAGAUGAGUGACCAGGGCCCUCCCCACCAUCCCCCGCCACGCCCCGACCCCAGCCAGUACGCGCUGAUGGAGGACGAGGAUGAUCUCCCGCACCACGAGGAACGCACUUGGUACGUGGGCAAGAUCAACCGCACGCAGGCAGAGGAGAUGCUGAGUGGCAAGCGGGAUGGCACCUUCCUCAUCCGCGAGAGCAGCCAGCGGGGCUGCUACGCCUGCUCCGUGGUGGUGGACGGAGACACCAAGCACUGCGUCAUCUACCGCACGGCCACCGGCUUCGGCUUCGCGGAGCCCUACAACCUGUACGGGUCGCUGAAGGAGCUGGUGCUGCACUACCAGCACGCCUCGCUCGUGCAGCACAACGACGCGCUCACUGUCACCCUGGCGCACCCAGUACGUGCCCCGGGCCCCGGCCCGCCGCCUGCCGCCCGCUGAGCGCCGAGGACCCCCCCCCCAAGCGGAGCCGCCCCUGGGCCCGUCUGCACCGGAGGCUGCGGCGGCAGGAGCCACGGACCAGACCAGCCACAUCCAGGGGUCUUCAUUUCUACGGCUCUGGCUUUUGUUUGGGGUUCUCUCACCCUCUUUCUCUUUCCUUCUCUCCUUCCCUCCCUCUCUCCUUCCCUCCCCCAUUCUCCAGAUCUCCUGUCUCCUUUUCUCUCUCUCUUUCUUGGUCCUUGUCUUUCUCCAUGUUGGGGGUCCUGCCUCCCCAACCCCAUAUCUCCCUGUUCCCCGGGCAUUGCCCUCUCCAUGGCUCUGGUCACCCUGACCCUCUGCCCUGCCCACCGCAGGUCCCCUGGGGCCCCGGAAGCCCCUUCUGGCUGCACCUGCCAUGUUUACAGAGGGCCCCUGGGCUGCGCGGCCCCAGCCUGGGCACCCUGAUUUUUAAGCCAUAGACCUGGGGUCAGGGCAGGAAGGAACUUCACUCCGCUGCUUCCGAGAACCUCGGCCGUGACGUUCGGGGCCGGGCGGGACCCGCCCCACAGACUCCAACUUCCCCUCCAAACCCCGAAGUGAAACCCGCCACCGAGUUAUCCCCACAAAUGGGGCCACUGCGAGAAGUUCCCCCACCCCUAAAAAAAUAAUUAAACUCGCAGGCCGGGCGCUUUGGCUCACGCCUGUAAUCCCAGCACUUUGGGAGGCCAAGGCGGGCGGAUCUUUUGAGGUCAGGAGUUGGAGACCAGCCUGGCCAAAAUGGCGAAACCCCGUCUCUACUAAAAUACGAAAGUUAGCUGGGUUUGGUGGCGGGCGCCUGUAAUCCCAGCUACUUGGGAGGCUGAGGCGCGAGAAUCUCUUGAACCCGGGAGAUGGAGAUUGCAGUGAGCAGAGAUCGUGCCACUGCACUCCAGCCUGGGCAACAGAAGAAGACUCCUCCGUCUCAAAAAAAUAAACUCGUGAGCUGGUCCCAACCCCCCCUAGGAAUCACAGCUCCCCGUACUGGUGCCGCCGCAGUGGCCAAGUUGCGACACUGCCCACGGCCCUUCCGCCUGAUGCAGAUUCAGGGCUUCUCUUCGAUCAUGUUGGGUUUUGACUCUGUUUUUCCUUGACUGCAAAACCCUCUUUCCUCUCCUCUUUUGGGACAAGAGCCCUGGUUUUCUACGCUGCCCUUGGCCACCACACUGCCUGCCCGGCGAGCUGGGAGGCAGGUUUUGUACGGUACGUUGUUAUUGAUAUGAUAUAAAACAUCAAACGUC